GACGUCAGCCGAGUACGUGCUUAAGCCUGCCCGAAAAUGUUCUCCCGUGUUGUUGAAUUUCGAAGGAGCGCAGGACUUUGCGGUGAAAUAAUACAGUUUUCUCGGUGAGGAACAGCUAAGCGGACCACAUGUUUCGCCGCUGAAGUCCCUCGCGGUUCCGUUUCUUGGCGAAGGUUGCGAUUUCGGGCGACUCCGAGGGAAAGUUUGAGCUAUCCUUUUUUUUUUUUGCCUCCCGGAGUGAUGUCGAAUCCUGGGAGUCGGAGAAACGGGUCCAGCAUCAAAAUCCGACUGACAGUAUUAUGUGCCAAGAACCUCGCAAAGAAAGACUUCUUUCGCCUACCGGAUCCUUUCGCUAAGGUGGUAGUAGACGGAUCGGGUCAAUGCCACUCCACAGACACAGUCAAGAGCACACUGGAUCCCAAGUGGAAUCAGCACUAUGACCUCUACAUCGGGAAGACGGACUCGAUCACCAUCAGCAUAUGGAACCACAAGAAGAUCCACAAGCGGCAGGGGGCGGGGUUUCUGGGCUGCAUACGACUGCUUUCCAACGCCAUCAGCAGGCUAAAAGACACAGGAUACCAGCGCCUAGAUCUUUGCAAGCUGAACCCCUCUGACAGUGACGCAGUGAGGGGGCAGAUCGUAGUGAGCUUACAGACGCGGGACCGCAUUGGCAGCGGUGGUCCUGUAGUGGACUGCAGAGGACUGUUGGAAAACGAUGGACCCGUUUUCGAGGGCUGCUUCAGCGAAGAGCCGCUGCCCUACUCCGACCCCACCGGCGCCGCGGGCGGCGGGAACUGUCGGCUGGACUCACCGGGUCAGGAGGGCCGUCUGCAGACUCUGCGAAUCAGAGGGCCGGACUCCAGAGGUCAUGGCCACACCCCUCAGAACAGACCUCACGGGCAUCAACCGCCUGAUCUGCCAGAGGGAUACGAGCAACGAACAACUGUGCAAGGCCAGGUGUACUUCCUUCACACACAGACAGGCGUCAGCACCUGGCACGACCCUCGGAUACCACGUAGGGAUCUGGCCAGCGUGAGCUGCGAGGAACUUGGCCCGCUGCCAGUGGGGUGGGAGGUCCGAAGCACCGUGUCCGGCCGCAUCUACUUUGUGGACCACAACAACCGGACCACGCAGUUCACAGACCCCCGUCUGCACAACAUCAUCAGCCACCAAUCCCAAGUGAAGGAGACGUCCCAGGCCCCGCCGAUGGAUGUCGGGGUGGACGAGGGGGGAGGCGGAGGGAUCGGCGGGGGCGGAGGAGGAGACGGAGACGUGGCGGUGCGCUACGAGCGAGACCUGGUGCAUAAGCUGAAGCUGCUGCGCCACGAGCUGUCGCUGCAGCAACCUCAAGCGGGACACUGUCGCAUUGAGGUGUCCCGAGAGGAGAUCUUUGAGGAGUCGUAUCGACAGAUAAUGAAGAUGAGGCCGAAGGACCUGAAGAAACGGCUGAUGGUGAAGUUCAGAGGAGAGGAGGGCCUUGAUUACGGAGGAGUGGCCAGGGAGUGGCUGUAUCUGCUGUGUCAUGAAAUGUUGAACCCCUACUACGGCCUCUUCCAGUACUCCACUGACAAUAUCUACACACUACAGAUCAACCCCGACUCCUCCAUCAACCCUGACCACUUGUCCUAUUUUCACUUUGUGGGCCGAGUGAUGGGCCUGGCGGUCUUCCACAGUCACUACAUCAACGGCAGCUUCACGCUGCCUUUCUACAAGCAGCUGCUAGGCAAACCCAUCCAGCUCAACGACCUGGAGACCACGGACCCGGAGUUGCACAAGAGCCUCGUCUGGAUAUUGGAGAAUGACAUCACUUCUGUCCUGGAUCACACUUUCUGCGUGGAGCACAAUGCCUUUGGGAAGUUCUCCCAACAUGAACUCAAACCUAACGGCAGAAAUGUUCCCGUCACUGAGGAGAACAAGAAGGAAUACGUUAGACUUUAUGUGAACUGGAGGUUCAUGCGUGGGAUUGAAGCCCAGUUUCUGGCUCUCCAGAAAGGAUUCAGUGAGCUGAUCCCACAGCACCUCCUCAAACCGUUCGACCACAAAGAGCUAGAGCUAAUAAUCGGCGGACUGGGGAAGAUAGACCUGGCGGACUGGAAGGCCAACACCCGGCUGAAGCACUGCACCGGGGAGAGCAACGUGGUGCGGUGGUUCUGGCAGGCCGUGGAGGCCUUCAGCGAGGAGAGGAGAGGGCGCCUCCUGCAGUUCGUCACGGGCUCCACUCGGGUUCCCCUGCAGGGGUUCAAAGCGCUGCAGGGCUCUACAGGUUCUGCAGGACCGAGGCUCUUCACCAUCCACUUGAUAGACGCCAACACAGAGAACCUACCGAAAGCUCACACGUGUUUUAACAGAAUAGACAUCCCUCCCUACGAGUCCUACGAGAAACUUUACGAGAAGCUGCUGACAGCCGUGGAGGAGACGUGCGGCUUCGCCGUGGAGUGAUGGCGCCGCCACAAGGACGAGGAGGACAGCGCCGGUCACACUCGCUUGCACUUGCACACCCAACUAUCUGACAUUCGACAUGUAUGCACACACACGAACCGAACUCGAGGUGUACUCCGAGUAUACCGAACAGCCAAGCAUUACGAGAACACGCCGUCUCUUGCCACCUCUGCGCCGCCGGACUGCCUGCGGUUAAACGAGGAAGCACAGCAGCAGCAGGAGGAGGAAGCAAAGGAGGAGGAGGAGGAGAGGGAAGGGGAUCAAGGGGGGGGUGGGAAUAAAAGAAAAAAAAAAAAAGUAUUUUAAAAAAUUUUUCAAAUAUUUUCAAGAAGCAUUUUUAUCCUUCAGUUUUAACAAGCUAUGAUGUCACUCUUAAGAAUGUGUAACCACGGCAAAUUCGACUCGAGUCGCGCUCAAGUCUCCGGGCACAAUCAGCCAAUCGCGUACGAGCCUGCGAACUUUGAAUUCGGGUGUGCGUUGAACAAGGCGGGGAGCGAUGUUUUUUUUUUUUCUUUUUUCUUUUUUUCCUCCGUAACAAGCUGAUUGAUCGACUAGUAUUCAUGCUUCAUGUUUAACCACUGUUGCGUGUCUUUGUGUCUCAGUCUGCAUGUGAGAGAGUGGGAUUUUUUUUUUUUUUGUAUGCGUGUGUGCGUUUGCAUGUGUGUCGAGCAUGGCACUCUGUUAUGCUGUAAAAAUGAUAAAAUGAGCCUCCAUUUAACUUUUUUUUUUUUUCCUCUUACGUUUGUACCUGCGACCACUCUGAUCCUCUCUGAUGUUUUUAUUAUUUAUUACUAAAUGAUUACUGACCAAGCUGCUAUAUGCUCUGCAAUGAGCCCUCACUAAUUUCUUAAUCGCAGCUCAACCUACUGGAGCUGAAGGGUCAAUUCUCAUGCAAUUCAAGUCAUCCACAAAGUGGAUUCUUUUUAUUUUUUAUUUUUUAUUGAGUUUUGUUACUUUCAAACAUCCAUGUUACUGCGGGGGGGGGGGGGGGGGGGGGGGAAGUACUCUCGUCGGUGUACGAAAGAUGUUGGUGUUUUGAAAACACCGGGUUACAUUUGCUGAAGUUACAUUUCCCCUGCCACUCUCAACCGUAAUUUGAGAAAUAAAACUAAUCCAAGGGUAUGUCCAAGAUUUUAUCUUAUUUUUUAUUUUUGGUGGGGUGGGGGGGGAGUUUGUUAUUCGUAAUCAAAACGAGCCUCAAGAUGCAAAGAAGCCACUUCAUUUGCAACAUCUGUGCUUAAAAACAAAAGACCCCUUAAGCCUUUUUAUACAUGUCUUAUCGCCUAUAUUGCCAUGUUUUUAUUCCUCCUAAACAUGAUUUAUUUUUUUUUUCUCUCUCUCUCUGUAGCCAGAACGUUUGGAAAACUAAUCAUCAUCUUUAAGACCACAAUGAAUGAACUUUUGAACCAUUUAAGCUCCACGGUAGAGAAUGAAAUCAAAUUUUAUUGAGCGAGAAGAAACAUGCGGACGGGAGGGAAAGAGGGGAACGUUCCGUUGUAGAUUGAAGACUGUUACGCAGUAUUAUUUCAAUCUGCAUUUUCUAUGGUCUAAUUUCACUGUGUAAUGGAUGCAAAAGUAUUGUAACUUACAAUGUACUAAACAUUUAUGAAAAAAUACAAUGUAAAUAAGAUUAUAUUAAAAGAAAUUAAAUUGAAAAAUACAAUC